GCUUGACGUGGUACUCGAAUUUUCAUUUCGUACGAAACAACGCGUAAUACGAUUCGGACGUUCCAACGAAUACGUAUCGUCGUUUCGAAGUUAACGUAACACGUGAAAUUAAGUGAUUAAACGUUUAUACAAGUUGGUCGCGUUGGUUAGUAUCCUUUAUCGUUAAAUGAAACUAGUGAAAAAUGUAACAUACGUCGAGGGAGAAGUGCAUCCGGCGAACGAUAAUAACGAGCAUGAGAAAAACAGGACGGAUCUGAGAAUCGGAACGAACGAUGACCUAAAACGUGGAAUCCCGAGCACUCGGCUCGUUUCCUCGUGUUCCGUGACGGGCGAGUCCCGCUCGGAAUGUUUGUUCAUUGCACGCUUUACGCGAAACUCUUGUGUGGGUGUUAUUAUCUCGUUACAUCGUAGACUGGUGUUUUAUACGCAUGGGUUUAUAUAGCCCUGGCUGGUUCACGAAAUAGUUCACUUCCGGCGUCGGCAUUGCUAUCAGAGCGUGCGAAGAUUCAUAGUAACAUCGACGCUGACGAGAAAAAGCAAACUGUCUUAAACAUACUUAUCCGAGGAAUCGAUUAAUUUUACGUUGCAAAGGUUGCUCGAAGGGAUCGAUUCUGUUGUCGCAAUAAAUCGUUCAUCGAUCGUCGAGACCGAAAAAAAUGUUUACGAAUCGAUUAAUCGGCUAAAGCAUGCCCUUAAAAGUUUCAACACCUUUAUCACUUUUCUCGCAAGGAUACUAAGUUAUCGAUUAACCUUUGCAUCGAGAUCAAUAUGCCCUCCUUACGAUCGAAAAACUAUGUUACGACACGCGUUAGAUCGCGUUUGGAUAUAUCCAUCGAGCAGAACGUUUGAGAAUGUCCGGAAAGGAUGAUUGUUGACAAAGGCGAUGAAAGGUUCAAUUUUACGAGAAUAGGAGUUUUCAUGUGUUUUAUACGCGGUAAUUGCAGGUAUGACUUCACGAGCAUACAUUGCGCAUGUACGGAUGUAUGCGUCUUAAUUGUAUGGGAAAUUCGAGCUAAUUAUGAAUUAUAAUGCAAAACAUAACGCGUAUAUUGUGGAAAGUGAACGAUGAAACUCGGUGUUGUACGCGCUUUAACAAUGUGAAAAAAUUCAAGGAAUGACGUAAUCGAAUCGUAGAAAUGCCUACAAAUCAUUAAAUGGAAUGCGCUCAGUUUAUGAAAGUUGACAUCUUACGUUUAACAUGAUCUAACAUGUAACAAGUGAUGUAAUAAUAAAUAAUUUAUUAUCAGCAGAUUGCGGAUUUUUAUGCAUUUAUAGGAAAUUUAAAAUUGGAAAUAAAACAUUGCGCAGACAUAAUAUGGAAAAAUGUAUAAAGUAUCGAAAGUAUAAUAGCUUUCAUAAUACCUGGUAGCUAACACAACUUUCUACCGAAUCUUGUAGAUUUUUAAUUAUAUUCUGAGAAUUAUGAAUUUGCAUAAAUAUCCACAGUUUAAUCAUCGGAAUAUCUGGAAUGUGGCUCUGGUAAUUCUUUCGUGCGAAACAUGGCUGUGAAUUCUUAUACGCGUAAUUUUUACGUUCUAAGUAGUUCGGCAGUUGUACAACGGUUCUCUAUCCUCGAUAUUCGCGUAAAUCAUGCUUCAAUGCUGAAUUGGUAUUAUCGUCAAUCGUUCUUUACUGAAAAUAUCGCUGAAUAUUGCCAUCCACUGCUUUUAAUCCGAAACUUGAAACUUACUAACGUCUGACGUUACAAACCGACCGUUAACCCAUAUCUGAAUAUGUUCGAAACUGGUACGACCGUACACAAUUCUACUGGUUAGAGAACCUAAGUACUUUUGGUGUUUACAAAGUAUGGAGUAACAUGGCCGCCAGUUCUCGACGCGUACGGAACCAGUUUCAGUAUGAAACCGGUUUGGAACUAGUUUCCAUUGGUUUUUCGGCCCCCUGCAAGACCGUGCCACGACCGAGAUUGGCACUCGUGUCGGACUUCUUUCAGAGAUUAGAACGGAGGUUACGUUACGAGAGUGUGCUAAUAUGGCCGAUAUUACAGAACAGAAAGGGGAAAACUUCGAUGAACAAAUGGAAAUCAAAGUGGAACCGGCGCUGCAAGGGUAUGUUGAAGAGGAACACGAAAACGAUUUUCCCAGUUCUGACAGUAACAACGUAAUUCCUUCUAGUGCUGAUGUCGGUGCUUUAAAUUUAUGGACCAGUAAGGCCACCGCGUGUCUUAUUAGCCAGUAUAAGAAAUAUCAUUCGAAGGUAGGACAGUCGACUCAGAUUCGAAGUUUACGUGAAAUGUUCGAGAUGAUUUCUCUCGAGAUGCAGAAACAUGGCUUUUACUUUAGUCCGCAAAAGUGCGAGAACAAAUGGCGUGUUCUCGAACGAAAGUACAAGAAUCUUGUGUUUCGAGAGCUUUUAAAAAAACCCGGUAGAAUGAGACAUUACGGACAAUGGGAACACAAAAGGGCGUUGGAUGAAAUUUUUAAAGAAAAGAAGAAACACAUGUAUUUGGAGGAAAGUGAUUUUCCACCGCCAUCCGGUUCCGCGAGAUAUAUGUUUAUUUUACCAAAAUCUAUAAACGAGGAACAAAGCAAUAUUAGCGUCGUCAAUCAGCAACAGGAGGACCCUCUUGCGGCGCCGUCCUCGAACUCCUCUACAAACAACAAGAGCGAAGCGAUGGAUCAGAAGGAAACCCCAACGACGCUUUUCGACAAAUUUCUCAACGAGAUGGCAAAACAUUUCGCGAUCGCGGAGAAAAACAGAGAGAGGAGGCAUAAAGAAGAAAUGGCGAUGCGGCAAAGCGAGUUGGAAGUUCAGAAAAGACUAUUAAAAUUAAAAGAACAGAAAAUGGAGUUACAGAAAUGUCAAAUUAUCGCUGCUGCGCAGCAUUUACAUCUGAACAUGUAACGAAAACACUUGAAAACGUUGAUCAAAACAAAUUAAUCUAAAAAGUCAAAUUUAAGAACGAGUGAUUCUAAAUUAAAGUCCAAUAUAGAUUUUUGUUACGUCGUUUUUAUAUAAGAUAUUUUGUUAUAUCGUUUUUAUAUAAGAUAUUUUGUACGAAUAGAUUUACCAGAAUAAUAUAAAAACAACUUAAUUAUUACAAUAUGUAUACAUAUUUACGUCUACUUUUCAGUGUAUGUACACUGUACACUUUCUUUUUGAAUGCGUUGCGUCGUGAUUGCUCACUAGUUGCGCGAAACAACCUUCAGGUGGUAGCACCUACCAUCUUGCCAGUUCUAUAGCUGCAUAUCAUUAGGUAAUCGAUGUACGCGAGUUCUGUUUUUUCGACUGUCGAACCGUACAAAUCUGGUUGUUCGCGUGUUGUUAGUGUUUUUCCAUUUUAAGUUUUCAAAACGAUCGAUUAAACGAAUGUAAAUCGUUGAUCAAGGAUAAUAGAUCAAAAGGCCAACACGCUGUCCUGCAGGUUGUAAUACGAUGAAAAGAGUUUAAAAAUUGUUCUGUUUGUAGAAACCCCGUACAAGCGAGUUUAUAGAAGAAGUACAUGUAUCUCAUACGCUAUACAUACAUAUAUGUACUCGUACAUCAUGUUACAUGGCGCAAAGAUAUGUUGGAGUUUGGUUUUAUUGUUAAAAGUUACAGGACGGUUGUUCCUGUUCGACGUUAAGGAUUACUAUCGUUAUGUAUGCUGCCUCGUGCUCCUAAUGACUCAAUUUAUUAAGCGGCGGUUCAAAAGAUUGCCUCCCUAGGCUUCGUCGCAUUGAUAUUGCACCUUCAAAGGAUCAUGCAACGCGUAGGGCUCGACAGAGAUUUAUAACGCUUAAAUGCAAUUUCAUUAUUCUAUCUUAUCGGAUUAACACAGAUCAAGUCCUGCACUUUCAUUUUAUUUAUGGAUGUUUCAUGCAGAUGUGGAUCAUAAAUUAUAUCAACUCUCAACGGAAGUAUAAUAAUAAUACGACAGAGACGAAAUUGUUUUGUGACUUUACGCAUCGUGAAUUAUAUUUGAAACAAACAAAACCCGUCUGCGUCAUUCUUGAGAGGACAGAAAAAGAUGUAUCAUCUACGAAAUGUAGAACGGCGCUCAUUAAGCUAAAAGCAACAAAGCAACGUGGUAGGGAAAGUUAGGUCUGGAUUGAAUCAACUCGGUGAAUCGUAUUCCCCGUAAUUAACAUUCUCGGUAUGAAGUCAUUCAAUUCGUGAUGUGAUUAAUUGAAAUGCCACGAGAAAAAUCUCGUAGAAAGUGAAAUGGAGACGUUCGAUGACUAUGGAGCAGGCCAAAUUUGCAUUGACAGAACAGGUAGAACAGGGGACAGGAAACUUAGUUUCGUGAAGCUCGAUCAUGGUGAUGUCGAGCAUGUAUCGUGAUUCUGUAGUGGACUGCCUUGGUGUCACCUUACUUACAUUACGCCUUGCAUUAUCCAGUGCAUGACGAUUGUACGUUUGGAAUUUUGAAAAAUUCAUUCCUGUUACGCAGCAUGGAUUAAACGACAAGUCACUUUCCCCUAUAGAACAGUCUGCUUGCUCGUUCCUAGCUCUCCAGUUUUAAUCUAAAUUCCAUGGUAAAUAUUAAAAAUCCGUAUCUAAAUAUUUGAAACAAUUUUGUGUUUUAAUGUUCCGAACGAUACUCGCGUAAUCGCAAUUUCCUGCGAAAGGCAUUAAAAUAUAGCUUCAAGAAGUUUACGGGAAUACCGAGAAACCACAAAGGGCAAACAAUUUUACAAACCGUGGUGAAUGCUUUUCGGGAAAAAAUCGGUGAAACCGGUUACACCCGGCCGCAUGAGUAUUCGUACGCACUGACGACACAUACAUGGUGCAUAUGAUACACACACAGGGGCGUAAGAGUUAUACGCGAGCACGUGCAGGUACGUGGCAAUAGAUGCACCUUGGGUAGUAGUACACGGAAGGGCGCCGGUUCGCUUGAUACGGGAGUGAGUACGGCGGGUAAUAGCGCGGAGGCGGCAAGUCGUCCAGUCGAGCCGCGACUACCGACCGGUGAGCAUAUAUUUUUCAAUUUGCCUUCGAUUUUCACGGACAGGAGAGAGACAAGGAGGGAUUCGAAAAUAUUGCAUCGUGUUCGACAUGAAUUUUAGUUGGAACGCGCAGGGUUCCGGUGAGAAAAGUAACCGCGCGAGGAUCGAUCUUCGUCUUGGCGAAAUUUCGCGUGCACACGAGUAAACAGAGGGUGAAGGAGGACACGCGAUUCGUUGGUGCCUGUCGACGCACGCGUACACGUUCUAUCAUACACGAUAUAUCAUAGGCAAUGUGCAUCCUAGCGAUUGUGGCAUACGUUUCGCGUGACCCGUGAACGUUCUGCCUGUAACGCGCUACGACUCUCAAGAGUUCUCGAAAUCGGGGCUGAUCGUUCCAAUUGUUUAGCCGUGCAUCCAUUUGGUCAGACUCUGGGAGAUCGUUCGAGCUAGUGGCAUCGAAGUACCAACGAUACCGGCUUCGUCGAUGGUAAUCGUCACUGUGACUGCAUCCCUAUAAAUUUACGUCACGUCUGUGUAGCGUGUCACGAUCGUAUCCUUGGACGUUGGUGUCCGAGAAAAGAAGGGAACGAAUAAGAGUGAAUCGAUUUUCAACAGUACCGACGAAUACCUAUCGAGAACUAUCUCGAUAUUACGCUGGUUCCGUACGAGAGAUAUAUAGCUUAGGAGAAAAGGAGAAUCAGAAAAGUCCGAGCGCGUGGUAUAGCGGACUUUUCUUCAGUGGCAGAUGGCUUGAAAUCGUAUGCACCGCGUCCUGGUCUUUGCAUCGCGUUUUGCAG